AUGCAUGCAACUAAAUGUCAAAAGCUCGUCUUCACACAAUCUCUCCUCUACCACCUCUCCAUCGCCCUCGUAAAAACCGCCUUCACACUCCAAUACCUGCGCCUCUUCUCUCUGAUCCGCCCCAUCACAAUCUGCUGCUACAUCCUAUUCGGCUGCAUUAUCGGCGCCGCCGCCUGGGGCAUUUUCGGCGUGAUAUUCCUUUGCAAGCCCAUCCACACAUACUGGAACCUGCGCGUGAACGGCACAUGCAUGGACGCCGAGACGCACUUCUUCUCCACAAGCGUGAUCGGCAUAGUACUCGACUGGGCGAUCUGGAUUCUCCCGAUUCCCGUCGUCGGACGUUUGAAAUUGCCGCGCCGCCAGAAGUGGGGUCUGAUGUAAUCCGGUACGUUCGCAUUGAUAUGGUCCACGCUCGAACUCAACGUCGCCAUCAUCUGCGCAUCGCUGCUCGUCAUGAAGCCACUUUUCGCGCGCUACGUACCGGCGAUGGUGUCGGAUCAGCCGGUGUCUGCGAGGGAGGAUGCAAGGUUGUGGAGGGCGAUGACGGGGCUGGCGCAGCUUGAUGCCGCGGAGGAUGGGAAGAAAGAUGUGGAGUAUGAGGGUUGU